AUGGAUCAAUAUCAAGCAAGCAGCGAUGAGAAUUUCAUCAAUAUUUCUAAGAGAGAUUAUGAAAAUUAAAAAUCUGUUUUAACAAACGAUAAUAAAAAAGUUGAGAUAAUUGAUGCAACAAAUUUUAAAUAAAAUUAAUAAGUAAACCUUGAAUAGGAAAAAUGUCAUGAUGAGACAGAUAAAGUUACUCAAGAUGAUGAUCAAGAUUUCUUGUCACCUUUUGUUCGAUAGUACUCGAGAAAAGAGGAUAAUGAAAAGAAAAUUAUAAAUACUUAAAACUGUAUCAGAUUAUCUAAUCUUUCAAAGAGAGAAGUUUUGCUCAAUAGAAACUAGCAUAUCAUAGAUAGAAUAUUUUACCGUAGAGAUCCUUUAGUAAAUUUGUAAGUUGAAUAAGAACUACUUGCUAAUCUUAAAAAGUUAAAAAAGGACUUGCUAGUUGAAAUUUAAAUAACUGAUUAAGACUAAAUUUAUUCAAUUUAAAAGAAAGGUUUCUUAAAUUGGGAAAAGGAGGCGUAUGUAAAACUAAAUAGUAAUCAAAUUGAUAAAAAGGUCUAGAAAACAAUUCAUAAGUAAGUAAAGGUUAAAGUAAACUAAUAAAAAGAGUCUCAAAACAAAGCAUAUCGAUGGCUAUACAAAGUGUUUUAAUCGGACUCUAAUUAUGCUACUCGAACUAGAAAAAAAGAUGAUUUUACUGAUUGUGAUGAAAUUACAACCGAAUUAAUUCAAUCAUUUUAUAAAAAAUGUGUUGAGGCAGGUAGCUUCGGUUAAAAAAUGGUUUUAAGUCAAUAUGUCUACAAAUACGAUAAGAAGACUUAGCAGAAGGAUCAUAAAGAAAUAGAAGAAAAAGAAGCAAAAUAAUUAGGUCAAUUAUGUUAUGCAGAUGCAGACAGAAGUUAUAUUUGA